UCUUUUUUAACUUAUUUUUCCAGUUUCAUGUUGAAAUAGUAUAGAAAUUUAAUUUCUCUUUUUGAAACGCCGAAAGAAUGGAUUUCAAAAUUGUUAUUACUGUUCUAUGUUGUGUUGUUGUUUUGACAGAGGGAGCAACGUGGGACUACAGCGCCGAGCACGGUCCUGCUAAAUGGGGAGAUGAUUAUCCAACAUGCAAUGCCAACAGUCAAUCUCCAAUCGACGUUGUCGGUUCAGUGGCUGAGAUCGACCACGACCUUGAUCUCGUUGACAGACGAUUGUUCUGGAAUCCUCCCACUGCAAUGUCUAUUGCAAACAACGGACAUGGUCUUGUGUUCAACAUCGAAGGAGGUGCCUACGAGAUUAAUAAUGAUAAACUUCUGCCGUUCACUGCUGUUUUAGCCCAAUAUCAUUUCCAUUGGGCAAGUUCAAAAACCACAAAAGGCUCCGAACAUUUACUUAACGGAACCCAAUACUUCGGCGAAUUGCACGCGGUACAUUUCAACAAGAAAUAUGGCGACAUCGGAACUGCCAUCGACAAAUCUGAUGGACUUGCCGUUUUUGGAUGGUUUAUUGAAGUUGGAUAUCCACAACCAAAUCUCGAUUUUUCAAACUUUUUGACUCUCGCACUUUCUGGAGCAAAAUACGGUCAAAAUUCAACCUCCAUAGCAUCCUUGUUUUCCCUCGAAACCUUCCUUCCACCCGGUCUCGAUGUCUACUACCGUUACCAAGGCUCUCUUACGACACCUCCCUGUCAUGAAUCUGUUACAUGGACUGUUUUCCAAGAUCCAAUCUACAUCCACGAAGACCAGGCCGAAAUUCUGGCUACUAUGUUUUACGAAGACGAUGGAAGCAAGGUAAUGAAGAACAAUUACCGCCCAAUUCUGCCACUCAACGGUAGAAAAAUCACAACUCCACCGCGUCUCGUGAGGUCCGGCGCUAGCGCUGUCAGCCCCACCAUUAUAGCCAGCUUGUUGACAUGCAUUAUUGGUUAUUUCAUUAAGAUUAGACACGGGUUUGCUGGGGGAGCUCUUUGCACCGGUGCCAUAGGACGAGCUGUGGAUGAUUGGCCGAUGGGGGUUCGGCUUCUGGCUCCGCCACGGGACGACCAGAGACGGUCCCAUCUAUCCCUUACUGGGGUACGCGUGACUCUCGGUUGGUGGUGGACAUGCCUCCAUUAUUAUCGACCGAAUUUUGCGUCGCAAUUGAGGGUGUAUUUCUGUCCAAUAAAAAUGUAUCAUCUUCAUUUUCAGGUUGGAUAUCCACAACCAAAUCUCGAUUUUUCAAACUUUUUGACUCUCGCACUUUCUGGAGCAAAAUACGGUCAAAAUUCAACCUCCAUAGCAUCCCUGUUUUCCCUCGAAACCUUCCUUCCACCCGGUCUCGAUGUCUACUACCGUUACCAAGGCUCUCUUACGACACCUCCCUGUCAUGAAUCUGUUACAUGGACUGUUUUCCAAGAUCCAAUCUACAUCCACGAAGACCAGGCCGAAAUUCUGGCUACUAUGUUUUACGAAGACGAUGGAAGCAAGGUAAUGAAGAACAAUUACCGUCCAAUUCUGCCACUCAACGGUAGAAAAAUCACAACUCCACCGCGUCUCGUAAGGUCCGGCGCUAGCGCUGUCAGCCCCACCAUUAUAGCCAGCUUGUUGACAUGCAUCAUUGGUUAUUUCAUGUAGAUUCUGCAACAACAAACAAUAAUAAUUAAUUCAGAACUGGACUUGGAAUGAUACAUAAAACCAUACACUUUUUCAUUCAAAAUUUAAAUUACCCCCUUUAUUAGUUAACAAAAAAAUCGAACAAAAAAAUUGCAUUUGCAUCUGUCCUUGUUGAUUGAGCAAGCUUUGUGAUUUUAAUCGUAAUUUUAUUGCAAACUGUUAUAAUAUAAAAUUCUUUUUCGAACAACACACUUUGCGGGUAAAGUUAACAAAACAGACUGGUUCGCAAAAAAAGACAAAUGACUUUAAUCAAUGAAUAUGAUAAUCUGUAUCUUUGUAAGCAUCCGAGUCCUGUAUGACGAUGCUGCAGCUCAAAUUUUUAGCACUUCAGUACCCAUGAUUCCACUGCCGAUUAGGUAAUUUUGUAGAAAAAAAACGUCGAUCUUUAUAUCUAGAAAUAUACCAAUUCAAUUAUUUUGUUGUCUGUUGCAACUAUUUUACAUGUGGUAAAAAGUAGUACUGGUAUAAUGUAACGGAAUUACACAUUUAUAAGAACCGAAGUUACAUUUUGUGUUUUGCUUUACCUCAGCCUCGUUGCUUCAUUGUAAACAAUACCUACAAAUGCCCAUUUCAUUUUGUUAACUUGCCACUUUAAAACUGAAGAACUUGAUAUAUAUUUCGACUGUUGGGUAUUAUAUAUAUAAUAUAUAUAUAAAGAGUGUAAAAAUCAA